AGUUCAUCCUGAACUAUGUCCAAAGGAGCAGAAAUACCCAUGGAAAGCAACACCUGGGCUGCAGCUGAGGAGAUGCCUGAGUCGGAUGUGGGGGGGCAGCCCUUGGGCAAGAUCCUCUCUCUGGACAGGCGAGAGGCCAAGAAAGUGCUGGAGAUUUAUGUCAAGCGCUCACUGAGCUGCCAUGAAAACUCACUGAUGGCCAAAAAAACCCUUCUGGAGAAAGACAGAGGGCAAGGGAGGAAAGUGGACGGGCUAACACGGUCAGAAAGUGACUUCCUCACAUACUCAUGUGCCAAACCCAGCCUUAGGAAGGACCUGGAGGAGAGACUCAGAGCACCAGACCUGGAGGAGGCUUUGGGUGAUGACAGCAAAGCUCCCCAGGAAGUGCCUAAAGAGGGGCUGAAGGCCAAGAGGAAAAGCACAAAAAACCCUUCCCAGGGCAAAACACAGCACUCGUGUUCAAAACCAACCUGGCUGAAAGGUUUCUUAAACCUCGUCCUCAAGAAGAGCCCUGAGGAGCAGAAGGAAAACACAGGGCAAAAAGCAAAGGAGAAAGAUGCCAAAGCUGCUCAGGGCUCCAAACCAGAAGGAAGCAAAAAGCACAGAGGAGACUCAGGCACGUCCCCAGCGCUGGGCAGAGCCCUGAAGAAGAAGCCGAGCCUCAAGAAGGUUUUCUCGCUGAAGAAGCACGGGGAGGAGGAGCGGGGCGAGCCGGGAGCCGGGGCCAGGAGCAAACGCCCGAGCUGCCUCCCCCUGCGGCACGUCCUGGCCCCGGCACAGCCAGAGGCGGAGCCCGAUGGGUUCUACAUGCCCGUGUCCGGGGAGAUCCUGCAGGGCAGCGAGAGCCGGGGGGGCCGAGCAGGAGGACGCGGGGAGCCCCCAGAGCCCCCCGGCACCGACGGGGUCGAUGAAGCCAUCAAGAGAAUCGUUGCCCUGCUCCGGAGUGCAGGAGAUGAGCUGGACAGGCAGGUGAGGGAGGACACCCGGCUGCAGCUCUUCUUCAGGGACAUGUCCUACAGCUCCUUCAAGAGCCUGGCUGACGCCUACGUGCAGAGGGAGCUGAGGGCCAGCGGGCCCCACGCCAGCCCCCAGGAGAUCCAGUUUGCCUACACGGUGCACCUGACAGCCACAGUGGCAGGGAUCUGCAGCCAGGCAGUGAACAGGAUCAUGGGCUUCGGCUCCCGCUACCUGGACGAUUCCUUUGCACCCUACGGCAAAAUCCUGCAGAAGAGAGAAAAGCUCAGGACAGACCAUUGUGACAGCCCAGACUGACAGCAGCUGCUGCGAGGGGCCUGCGGUGCCUGGGAACCCAAGGACGAACAUUUAGUGGUGGGAGGACAAUCCCUGAUGGUGACCUGGAUGUGGGGUGAACUUCUGAGCUGUGGAUUUAAAAUCUUUAAUGGAAAACCCCCAGGACAGUGCCAGCAGUGUGAAAUGCUUGAACCCCACCUGGGUGGGGAUGAAGAGUCUGUAAAUCAAACAGAGCCCAAAUUUCACCCUGUAUUUGUAUUUUAGCUCCUGCCAAGUGCUUGUGUUGAACCUCAGGGGUUGUUGCUGUUUGUGCAUAUGUAUUUAUUUAUCUGCUUUUCUAAAUGUAUUUGUGAAUGCACAACAUAAUUUUUGUAGUUUCUGCU